AUGUCUAAUCAAGCUAAAUCUGCUCCGAAUGCUGCUACCAGCAAGCCAGCUACUAGUGCCUCAACUACUGCAGGGGCCGCAAAGAGCAAAGGGGUCAACACCAACCAAUUGGUUGAAACUAUCCAAGUAUGUACAAUCGAUCACCUUGUGUCUACAUGUAAGAUGAGUUACUAACUAAAUAUUUCUAGACUUUACAGUUUGCGUGGUUUGUUGGCCAUGUUUUGACUUUAUGGGGAAUUUUCCUCUUCACCUUGACUUUCAUCAGAAGUGGAAGCCGUUUCCAUAGGUUUUGGUACCAGUUGGCCUUAUUUGGUAUUAUCGAGAGUUUCGGUAUAUUGUUGUACCAAUUAAUCACCAAGAAGGCUCUUAAGGUUAACCAAAUCUUAAAAGACGACAACACUCAGUAUUUCUUAUUAGGAAGUGUUUUGCUUUUAAUCAGACCAUACGUGCUUAUUCCAUUAUUACCAUUCGCAUUAUUUUCCUUGUUCCAUGUCUUAGCAUACACCAAAGGAUACCUCUUGCCUAUUUUCGGUAUGGCUGACAGUGGAAUCUCCAAGCAAAUUGAAAAUUUUAUCAGCAAAAAUAACACCAAGUCUAUCCAAGUUGCCAGUUUAUUAGAAAUCUACAGCUUCUUGUGGUUGACCGUCAGAGUUAUUUUAUUCAGAAAAAGAUCUCUCAUUCCAUGGGUCUUCUACGCCGUUUUCCUCAAAAUGAGAUACGAAAAGUCCAUUUUUACCAGAAACUACUUCAAGUCUAUGGAACUCCAAUUGGAUGAAGCCGUCAACAAAAUUAACAACCCUGCUGUCAAGGACGUAUGGAUCAAAGCUAAGGGCGUCAUCAGAAGUGCCGGUGGAAUCUACCUUGUCAACGACUACACCAAGGAAAAACUGAACUAA